AUGAUGGACGAGACACAAUCAUCAACAACAUUAUUCAAAUCUUUAUCACUCAAUAGUCUAGAAACUGCCACUUCUACUACCGUUGUAGAGGAGACUAAGGAGGUAUACAUGGACGGUGCUGAUACUGAGGAGGUUGCAGCACCCUCAUCAUCAUCUUCACCAUACAUAUAUUAUAACAAAGACUUGAUCGACCAAUGUAUAAGCGAUAGUCAACAACAACAUGGAGCCAGUCCUCGUAACCUUUAUAACUUCAACAACAACAACAACAACAAUGUCACAACAACAACAACUACUCAAUCACAAUCACAAUCACAAUCACAAACAAGUUUCACUCCACCUUCAUAUUAUCAGGGUGCAAGGGGCGGUGGCACAACUCCGCCAUUGUCAGUGUCCAACUCAUCGAUAUUCACUGAUCACGAUCAUUCAGAACUCCCAAGCAAUGCCAAGCCCAAGAGCAACAGCGGUGGCAACAGUGCCAGCCCAUCGCUACACAGUUCACUUCAUAACAUACCCACUAUGAUCACUACGACCAACACCUCGUCGUCGUCAACUUCACCAUCAAUCAGCGUGCCUCCACCAAUACCAGCGCGUUCACACAAGCGAUUCCACUCGGCUUCGACACCAUCCACCCCGACAUUGGAGCCCAGGGGCUUGGCCAGCAGUCUGGGCACAAGCUUUGGCAACAUUUCAAACAAGAUCUCGGCCUCCCCACUCAAGUCAAAGCUGUUCAAGGUCAUUACCAACGUCAAGAACAACUCGACUGUCGAGUCUAUUCUAAAUUUGUCAUCGUCUUCCAACUCAACACCGACGUCUUCGUCGCCGGCUGCAUCGGCAUCGACGACACCGACACCGGGCAAGGUGCCGGCUUCAUCAUUCUCCGAGCCGCCAUCUGUCUCCACGUCACUGUCCACUUCACCCGCGACCAAUACAUCAAUCCUCGCGCCACUCGUCGAACAAAAGAGUGAGCAACUGUUGGUGGACCUCAACUUUGAUGACUUUGGCAGCCGCGUGGUCGUGGCGCCCAUGCCAUCAACUCCACCACCGUCACAUCAAUCAAGCAGCUAUGAGCUGUUGACGCCAGAGCUGCGACAGUUGGACCUUCAACACUUGCUCCCAAUGCCCAGCUCGGACACUUAUGCGACCUCCCCAGCAACACCUUUGCAGGGCACACCCACACAACGUCGAACACCAAUGCUCCACCUCUCAUACAAGUCGUCUCUGCUCAAUCAGGUGUCACAGCAACAGAGCCGAUCAGAGCGCUCAAUGUUCUCGAUGCCUCUGCUCGACAUCAGCCCAUAUCCUAAGUUGGGAGGCGAAGACUCCUUUGCCGCCAGCUCCACCGAGACCGUCUCCUACGAGUAUCUGUCCAGCUCGGACGGCGCCUACUCCUCGUCCAGCGACUACUCCUCGCCAUCUUCCGCCUCGCACUACCCUUCUCUAAGGAGCAGCGCCAACCGCCAGGACAUAUCCCUGCAACGCUUCAAGCCCCUGCCACCCCUGCCCUACUCUGAGAGCAUGUCCAACUCGCGAGGCAGUGGCGGCCUGUCCAACAGUGGCGGAUCGGGCACACAACCCCUGUACAAUAAGCUCUCAUCAAUCAUUCAGUUCAUCUCAAUAUCGCUGCCAGACGUGGUGACACGCGGCAACGACUCAGAGUCGACGCCCAUCAGCGACGAGCAGUACCGUGACCUGACGCAGUACCUCAAUGAGAGCGGCGAUCGCUGUAAGAUCUCUCAGCACAUUCAGUGGCACUUGGAGCAGCCCGUGGUCAACGUGGAGAUUGUCAAGUUGCUGGGCACACAUUACGGCUUCACAGAUGCGAGCCGCGCACAGUCCUGGAUGCUCAUGACCGGGUACAUGCCGGCCAACGUCGAUAAUCGUCAUGCAGUGCUACAGAACAAACGAAUGCAAUAUGGAAUGCUGAUCAAGAAAUAUUAUAACGAUUACAAACUAUACCAGUUGGAUGAUGUUGACAUCAAUGUUGGCAUCAAACUGCGUAACAACGUGUCUGAUCUCUGGAAUACCACUGCCAACAUCUAUCAAUCAGUCGUCGAUAAGGUUAAGUUCAAUGAUCUUGUGCAACAAGUACACAUCGAUGUCAUCCGAACGCGACCCGACGGCUUCUACGAUCUGUUUGAGAUCAAGUUCAUUGAACAGAUGAUCGAGAGGAUAUUGGUUGUUUGGUCGAAUGAGAACCAGGAUGUGUCAUACUUCCAGGGUCUGAAUGACCUGAUAUGUCCAUUCCUCAUCGUGUUCCUAUCGGAUGCACUGCAGCAGUAUAACACAGAUCGUAACCCGACGUAUCCAUCACUGGACCCACUGGCAGACUUACAAUUCAACUUGGUCAAGACAUUGGGCGAUGGUGUUGGCGUCAAAGAACUGCUGGACACCAAUCGAUACGACAUUCUAUCACGAGUUGAGGCAGACAUCUUCUGGUGUCUCAGUCAUCUCAUGAACUCUGUCAAGUCAUACGCCGCCAACACUGGUUGUGGAUUGCCCGCCGAAGGAAUGAUGAAGAAGCUCGAGUCUCUAGUGAAGGAGUCAAACGAGGAGUUAUACAAUCACUUCAAGAAACAUGACAUUGACUUUAGCCAUUUCUCAUUCCGUUGGAUGGUCUGCUUCUUGAUCAGGGAGAUGUCAUUCGAAACUGGAAUCAAGUUAUGGGAUAGAUAUAUGUGCGAUAAGAACAGUGAGGGAUUCUCAGUGCUGCACAUAUGCUUCUGCGCCACAUUGUUGUCCAAUUGGAGUGCCGAGUUGUUGAAUAUGGGCUUCAUGGAACUAGUUACCUAUCUUCAAAAGUCUGACAUACUGCCAAAGGAUCAAUUGGAUUCAUUCCUGCGGAGUGCCUCUGAUAUGCGAGACAAUUACAGAGAUAUACUAUAA